CAAAUAUAUGAAAAUAUGAUAUUUCAAUUGAAAAAAAAAAGAAAAUAAACCCGCGCUUUGAAAGCGCGGGUCAAAAUCUAGUUUUAUUAAUUAAAAGUAUAAACGAUAUUAACUAUUCUAACUUUUAACGUGAGAGUUCGAUUCCAAAAAAUUUACUUUGCAAAUAAUAGUAUAUAUAGAAACAGAGAGAUUAUAUAUGCGUGCAACUUACUCAAAAUAAAAUGGGUAAGACCUUCCAAGAAGCUAUCUUGCUGACUUGGACAAAGGAAGACAAAAGAAAUUGUCUUGAAGACUUGAAGUAGUUUGCCUGAUUGGUGAUACUUUUUUCUUUACCCCCAAUAACAAACAAUCGCAAUUUGCGUCGACUUUUUUUCUCUUCUUAAGCACAAUAGAGGCUAUUACGUCUGAAUAUACGUUUGUCUAAAUCUUUGUCAGAUUCCUCCGUUUUUCAUUAGUACCAAGAAGUUAGUAAUCUCCGAAGACAUGAAGUGUUUCUUUAAAACGGAGAGUGGAGAAUGUAAACAUUCAGACAAAAACGGAAUUAGCUUGUUGGUAGAGGAGCUAAUCGCAUCUUCAGAUGGUAAAUACAAUCCAAUCCGAAUGUUUUCUUCUGACCAAAUUAUCAAAGCAACAAACAACUUCGAUGCAGAUCAUGUCAUAGCAAAAGAUAGAUUCACAUGGUACAAGGGUACUAUUGAAGAGCGAAAAGUACUCAUCAAGAAAUGGGAAGGAGAUAAUGUAUUUUUCCCUUCUCCUGACAACGUUUACCGCGACAUCGCUGUUUUAUCGAUGAUGAGUGGUCACAAGAACGUUCUGAAGCUGGUGGGUUGCUGUGUGGAGUUUUAUAAACCGGUUGUGGUUUGUGAGUAUGCGGAGAAAGGACCUCUAAAACUUGAGGACAAGGACGGUGAUCCGCUACCUUGGACUGCACGGUUGACCAUCGCCAAGGAAAUCGCAAACGCGGUAGCAUAUCUUCACUCAGCGUUCCCUAGGGUCAUAAUCAAUAGGGAUAUAAGCCCUCAAAAUAUCUUCUUGGACGAGUAUGGGACGGCGAAGCUCUCCUCUUUCUGUUUGAGCAUAUCAAUCCCCGAGGGACAAUCAUCUGUGAUUGAUGAUAAAGUAGUUCAUGGGAUAUCUACUGAUCCGGAGUAUAACGGAACAGGUUUAGUUUCGGAAAAGUUUGAUGUCUAUAGCUUUGGAGUUACAAUGCUGUUUCUACUAGGCGGCGAGCUUGGCCUUGUGUGGUUAUCGGCUAGCAUUGGGCAGAUUGGCUUCCCAUUUCCUCCUGCUUAUGCUGAAGAUUUGAUCGAUCAGUUCAGGGAUGUGAUAGAUUCGAGCAUCUGGAACGGUGAGAAUGAACUUUCGGGUGUGCAAGUGGAAGCGUUUUUCGAACUUGCUAUGAGAUGCAUUAGGUUUCCAGGACAAGACAUGCGUACGAUGAUUGAUGUGGCCAAAGAGCUUAAGGGGUUGGAAGAUCUUUCCAAAACGUCUAUUGAUAGCAAACACCAACCGGUGACAGAAUUGCCUAAGCCGUUGAUCAAGUAUAUAGAUGUUUUGGGGAAAGGGAAAGGUAUACUUUAUGAAAAUUGAUUCGGCUCACUGAUUGGAGUAGUUUUCAUUUUCUUUAUUUAUGUGUGUUUCUGUUAAUGUUAAAUAAGUCUCUAGAGACACAGAAUAAGCACGCGGAGUUUUCCGUUUGUUGUCUCCAAGGGCACUCUAUUUUUUCCUCUAUAAUUUACACUAAAAUAGAGUAACUCUAUUAUAGAGUUAAAUUUGCUCCAAUGGUUCACUCUAUAAUAGAGUUACUCUAUAAUAUAGUGAAAUAUAGAGUAAUCUUAUUUUUUUACUCCAAAUAUAGAGUGAAAAAAUAAGAAUACUCUAUAUUUCACUCUAUUAUAGAGUAACUCUAUUAUAGAGUGAACCAUUGGAGCAAAUCCAACUCUAUAAUAGAGUUACUCUAUUUUAGAGUGAAAUAUAGAGAAAAUUAUAGAGUACCAUUGGAGAUGGUCUUAAACCUUUUUCCAUACUUUCAAAUUAUUAUUAUUAUUUUUUUUGAACAUCUCAAAUUAUUUAUUUCUUUGUUAUUAUAUAAUCAUCAUAAUUUGGUUGUUGUUACUUUGUUGAGCUAACUAAUAAUCUAGGCCAAGCACACAAUACUUCUCUUCAAUGUUUAAAGACGGACACAUCUUGUAAUGAUGAUAGUGUGGCUUGUUUCGUUAGUGUAAGAAUCAUUUGUAAUGAGAUUAGUAGAGAACCAUUUGCUUUCUUGUGCCAAUCAUUUGUAAUGAUACUAAUGGAGUAAUUCUUGUGUCCACCCCCUAGGGUGAACCUAUAGGUUCACUUAGCCAAUAAUAACUUGCCACAUCAUAUUUAGUUUUUGGAAGAAAAAAAAGGUUAAAAACAUAAAUGAAAUUAUCUACAAAAUUGAAAAGAGAAAAAGAAUUAAAAAAAAAAAAGGAAAACAGAAUAUGACGUGAAGUUGUUUAACGCCGUGGAAUACAAUUUUUCUCCUUCGUCGGCUGAAGAAAAAAUAGAUCACAGAGAAGAGAUGAAUCUGUGUUUGUGAUUUUCUGAGUCUUUAAUUCCUUGCUUUCAAAUCCAAUCUCGAAUUCACCUCCGAUCAAUGUACUGGUAACCCUAAUAAUCUUUUUUUUGUCAACUAAACCCUAACAAGAUUUUUAAUUUCUUUGCUUUUACAGAAAAUUUGAGAAAGAAUGGAAAAUAAUCAAUUAAGUGGUCAGGAAGCUAUUUUUGGUGGUCAGUAUGGAUCUACUUUACAAGUUGUCUCAGGUGAUUCCACUUUGAUAUAUCAAAAGUUGGUUGAUGGUUGGAACUCUAUUUAUUCCAAAUUAUAGAAUAAGAAAAUGCAUAAUUAAAAUAGUUGAAUUCGUCAUUAAGUUUACCUGUUCAUAAUUAAAAGAGUUGAAUCCAUUAGUUUUGUGGGGGAAUGAGAAGGUGACUUGAGAAGGUGACUUUUAGUGCAAAAAACGAUAACUGAAGUUAGGUGUCAGCAUGUCAGGGACAUGAGGUUUUAUUGCUACAGGCAAAGUUGAUUCUCCUUUAGUCAAUUUAUAUUAGUAGUUGUAGGUAACAAAAUAAACACGUGUUCUUAUGACUUUUGUUCUCACAUGUCGACAAUAAGAUGAUGAGGUCUUUUUUAAUCUGUUGUUAUAUCUCUUUUCAGGUGAUUCUAGUGAGGAACAUCAAAAAUUGGUUGAGUUUUUAGUCGAGGAAGACGACACUUCAGUCACUGAAUCUAAGGAAGAAUAUGAAAUAGCCAACAUAGAGGAUGAAGUUGAAACUGAAGGUGUUAAUGCUAUAGAAGCAAACAAUGAGAAUGAAAAGAAAGAUGAAUUUUCUAUUGGGAUGAAGUUCAGUUCUGAUGAGACUGCGCAUAUAGCUUAUUGUAAGUACGCAUGCAAUCAUGGUUUCAACGUAAGAAAACAAAGGAGGACGAAAAAGAAAAAAGAAGAUAAUAAGGCAGCAAGGAUUCUGUAUGUAUGUUCAAAAAAGGGGGUUAGGAAAGAAUCUAAAGUCAAGAGAUCAUAUACCCGACCAAUCACAAGGUGUGGUUGUAAAGCUCAUAUGGCUUGCUACCUUCAGAGUAGCGGAAGAUAUAAGAUUGUGUUCCACGGCGUUAAACAACUUCACGUCAUAUUCUGUUUUCUUUUUUUUUUUAAUUCUUUUUCUCUUUUUAAUUUUGUAGAUAAUUCCAUUUAUGUUUUUAACCUUUUUUUUCUUCCAAAAACUAAAUAUGAUGUGGCAAGUUAUUAUUGGCUAGGUUAACCUAUAGGUUUAACCUAGGGGGUGGACACAAGAAUUACUCAUACUAAUGACGUUGUGUUCAAAAAAAAAAAAAAUUAUACUAAUGACGCCGACCUAAAACGACGUGUUUUAUUUAUUUUAAGAACCUAAAACGACGUAGUUUUACAGCGAGGCAAAAAUGGUUGUUCUCUCUUCUCU